CUCUUAGAAGUUAGACGAAAGAAGCAAGGAAUAAAAAAAAGUAACCUGUGUGGAAGCAGAGAGCAGAGAGCAGAGAGUGAGGGAAGUGAGUUGUAGAAGCAAUGGGUUGGGGGGAUCCCCGCGCGAGGCACGCACGAGGCGUAGUAUCAGGCAACAAAGAGCGCGCAGAGUGGAACAACCUCAUCACCCACUACUUCGAAUCAAACCUCUCCUCCUACGGCCUCUCACUCUUCCACCACCUCCCUUCUCCCCCCAACGUCGUCUCAUGGACCGCCCUCAUCUCCGCCCACUCCAACACCCUCCUCUCCCUCCGCCACUUCCUCGCCAUGCUCCGCCACCCCACCCUCCCCAACCCCCGCACCCUCGCCUCCCUCUUCGCCACCUGCGCCACCCUCUCCCUCCCCGCCCUCCCCUUCGCCCUCUCCCUCCACUCCCUCGCCCUCAAACUCGCCCUCUCCCGCCACCCCUUCCCCGCCUCCGCCCUCCUCUCCUUCUACGCCAAGCUCCGCAUGCCCCUCCACGCACACAAACUCUUCGACGAAAUUCCCCACCCAGACAACGUUUGCUUCUCCGCCUUAGUCGUCGCCCUCGCUCACAACUCCCACUCCCCACAAGCUUUAUCCGUCUUUUCCCACAUGAGACGCCAAGGCUUCGCCUCCACCGUCCACAGCGUUUCCGGGGGCUUGCGUGCCGCCGCUCAGCUCGCUGCCUUCGAGCAGUGUAGAAUCAUUCAUGCGCACGCGGUUGUCUCCGGCCUUGACACCAAUGUGGUGGUAGCUAGUGCUCUCGUUGAUGGCUAUGGUAAAGCGGGUGUUGUUAACCACGCAAAAAGGGUUUUUGAGGAUAAUUUCUCUCAUAUGAAUAUUGUGGGUUGGAAUGCAAUGAUGGCUGGUUAUGCUCAGCUGGGGGAUUACCAAUCUGCUUUUGAGCUUUUUGAGUCUUUGCAAGUUCGUGGGUUUUUGCCUGAUGAGUAUAGUUUCCUUGCCAUUCUGACUGCGCUGUAUAAUGCUGGGAUGUUUGUGCAGACUGAGCAGUGGUUGACGAAGAUGACGGUGGAUUAUGGUUUGGAACCGAGUUUGGAGCAUUAUACGUGUUUGGUGGGUGCAAUGGCGCGUGCUGGAGAAUUUGAGCGUGCCGAGAGGGUUGUCUUGAAAAUGCCGUUUGAGCCGGAUGCUGCAGUUUGGCGAGCUUUGUUGUCGGCUUGUGCAUAUCGUGGUGAGGCCGAUAGAGCUUGGUCUGUGGCGAAGAGGGUGUUGGAGCUAGAGCCGCAUGAUGAUUAUGCUUAUGUUAUUGUUGCUAAUUUGUUGUCGAGUGCAGGGAGGUGGGAUGAUGUUGCGGAAUUGAGGAAGAUAAUGAGGGAGAGGAGGCUGAAGAAAAAAGGUGGGAGGAGUUGGAUUGAAGUGCAGGGAGAAGUUCAUGUUUUUGUGGCGGGGGAUUGGAAGCAUGAGAGAUCCAAGGAAAUUUAUCAGAAGUUGGCAGAGCUUAUGGGGGAUAUUGAAAAAUUGGGGUAUGUUCCGGUUUGGGACGACGUGUUGCAUAAUGUUGGGGAAGAAAAGAGAAAGGAGGCUCUUUGGUAUCAUAGUGAGAAGUUGGCUGUUGCUUUUGGGGUGUUGUGUGGAUCUGUACCAUCAGGGAAGCCAUUAAGGAUUGUGAAGAAUUUGAGGAUUUGUAAAGAUUGCCAUGAGGCUUUUAAGUAUAUGACAAGAGUUUUAGAAAGGGAAAUUAUUGUGAGGGAUGUCAACAGAUACCACAGAUUUCUGAAUGGUAACUGUACUUGUAGAGACAUAUGGUAGCAUAUACUAUUGACAAUAAACAUAUUGGAGGCUUGUUUCUAAUGACAAAUGAUGCUGAGAAAGAAAACUGAUAUUUCUCAUAAUGUUAACGAGGCUUUGGGUGCAACUCCACUUAACCUCUUGACAUAUGAUGCUUGAAUAACGUUCUGAAACUGUUAAGGUGAGGUUCUUCGAGUCUCUUCCUAUUAAUCUUAUCAGAGUGUUGUGUCUUGUUGUUGUUGAUUCUUCCUGUCCUAUCUGUGGUGUAGCUCAGGGAUCGCUUCUACAUAGCCUUCGUGACUGCUACUCAGCCAUCAAAAUUUGGAAGGGCUUUCCAUUUUGAUCAAAGUCCCCUGUUGUAUAAUGUUGAUCAGGAACCGUGUGAUCAAAGGCUCCUUGGCUUCUCUGGUUUUUAUGGCACUACUACUAAUUUGACAGCGAGUUACUUGCAAUCUAUAAGAGGCUGUAACUAGCGUUGCAUUCUGGUUAUAGAUUUGUGGCUUGCGAGUCUGAUUCUAAGCGUGUGUUUGCUUAUACGUUGAAA